AUGAUCCCCCGUGUUGCUCUCCAGCGCGUCAGUCGCCCUCUAGCUUCCUCCUGCAACGCAGCCCGUAACUAUGCGACCUCGAGCGCCUCGGGCCCCGUCAGCUUUGGUUUGAACGAUGACCAGCGCGCUAUUGACGAUCUCUCUCGCACGUUUGCGCGGGAGAAGAUUGUCCCCGCCGCUGCUGAGCUUGACCGCACCAUGGAAUACCCCUGGGCAAUCCUCAAGGAGGCCCACGCUGCUGGCCUGAUGAACACCCAUGUCGCCGAGGAGUAUGGUGGUCCAGGUCUUGGUAUGGUCGAGUGCUCCAUCAUCUCGGAGAACCUCGGCUUCGGCUGCACGGGUGUGCAGACUGCCAUCGAAGCCAACGGUCUCGCCGAGGCCCCGCUCAUCGUUGGUGCUUCCCACGAGCUCAAGAUGAAGUACCUUGGCCGCAUGACCGAGACCCCCCUCGUUGCCUCGUACGCUGUUACUGAACCGGGAGCUGGCUCCGACGUUGCCGCUAUCAAGACCAAGGCAGUCAAGGAGGGCGACAAGUGGGUCAUCAAUGGCACCAAGAUGUGGAUGUGCAGUACUAAUCGGCGCAGCACCAACUCGGGCCACGCCAACUGGUUCUUUGUCCUUGCUGUUACCGACCCGUCUGCCGGUGUCAAGGGCCUUACUGGCUUUGUGGUUGAAGCCGACACGCCAGGCAUUACUCCGGGCCGCAAGGAGAUCAACAUGGGCCAGCGCUGCUCUGACACUCGCAUGGUCACCUUCCAGGACGUCGUUGUUCCUCAGGAGAACGUCAUUGGCGCCGUUGGCGAGGGUUUCAAGCUGGCGAUGAAGGCGUUCGACAUCACACGCCCUCUUGUUGCCGCUGGUGCGGUGGGUCUGGCCCAGCGUGCUCUUGAGGAGGCGACCAAGUACGCCCAGGAGCGCAAGACCAUGGGCAAGGCUAUCAUCGACCACCAGGGUGUCGGGUUCAUGCUCGCAGACAUGGCCGUCAACGCCGAGGCAGCCCGUGCGCUCGUGUGGAAGUCGGCCUGGGUCAAGGAUGCCGGCCAACGUAACAGCUACUACGCCUCCAUGGCCAAGCUUUACGCUAGUCGGGCUGCGGUUGAGAACGCCAGCACUGGUGUGCAGGUCUUUGGUGGCAUUGGCUUUAACACCGAGAUGCCCAUGGAGAAGCUCUUCCGGGACUCGAAGAUCUUCGAGCUUUACGAAGGUACCUCGCAGAUUCAGCGCCUUGUCAUCUCGCGUCAUCUUCCUGGCCUUUACCCCGCUUAA